GACGUGUCUUAGACAGCAUGUGUAACUCGAUACAAUUUACUUAUUUAUGUUGACAGCAGCCUUUGUCGUGCAUUGCCAGUGCUUGGCAGCUAUAAUAUCCUCUGAAUCAUAGACCGUAUGAAUCUAAUGUGGCAGUAGCGAGUUUUUGUUCAGGCUUCUCGACGGGCAGCUCAACAGGAUCGACUACGGUCCCCCUGCUUUGAAUGAACUGUGCCAAGCUCUCCACCGCAGAUUCAGCCUCAGCCCGCGGAUCCGAAAGCUCCUACAGUUCUCUCACUCUUCAACAGACCAAGCAGAAAACAUGGCGGGUAAGAUCCAGACGCUGACGGAGGAGGAGAGAGCCCACCUCCUCCCGCUCCUCCGCAACGCCCAGUGGGUGGAGGCCGGAGCGAGGGACGCCAUCUACAAGGAGUUCAUCUUUAAAGACUUCAAUCAGGCGUUUGGCUUCAUGUCCAGAGUGGCGCUACAGGCGGAGAAGAUGGACCAUCACCCAGAAUGGUUCAACGUCUACAACAAGGUUCAGAUCACACUCAGCACCCACGAGUGUGGGGGUCUGUCCCAGAGGGACAUCACGCUGGCCACCUUCGUCGACCAGGCGUCCCUCAUGUGAGCGACAGCUGAAUGAACCCCCAAAAAAAACCAGUUUCCUGUCGUCAUUCCAGUUCAGAAAAAAACUAAACCAAAAGCCAGCAGUGACUGUAACGGUGUUGUGUACUGGUGAGAGUGUCUGAGUGUAUAUAAAGGAAGAUUAUGAGAGAAUGAAUAAAGGAUUACAUACAGGAUUACUCACAGGAUGUUACUGGUGUUAUAACCCGAGUGUCCCAUCUGGGAUCAAUUAAGUAGACCUUGCCUAAGCAUUUCUUUGCUUAGGCACAAGUCAAUUGUUUUUAUGUAAAACAUGUGCCUUUCCAUCUGUCUGUAUUUGUUCAAAAUGUUAAAGUGCUGAAAUAAAAAGGUUUUUUUUCCAAAAUA